CUUUUGAGUGUUGCGGUGGAAACUUUAUGCCACUUUUCCUGAGGUCUCGGUUCAUCGCGAGUCUUGUGUUGUUGAACGUAGUUCGGGUUUUAAGGGGACGCAGAGGUCCGGGUCCGCGCGGGUCACUAAGCUCCAACAGGUUGGAUUUCGAUCUCUUUGGUGAACUGAACUCAGCAUUGCUGGAUCCCGAACCUCCGAGUCGUGUUGCUCAUGAGACCUGGAGGAAUCGAACUCUCGGCAAUGGAGUAGCCUACGCGUGAUACCUGAUAUACCUGCUGGACGAAGAGGUACAUAUACAUGCUCUCUCAAAGUCUUCAUGAGUCUCCUUUCCCCGCGGCUCCACCCACUGCCAGUGAAUACAACCAGCAGGCUGGACUUCACUGCAGCUCCCAUUUCUUCUCAACCCUUCCUCCUCAUCUCUGAUCUUGUCUUCCUGUUCUAUUCCAUCACUUCUUAUACAGCUAACAUGCGCAGAUUCAGCUCAGAGGGAUCCCUCCUGGAUCUGGACUUCCUCCCAUGGAAGAGGGUGGCACUGAAGACCUCAGAUCAUGGGAAGAACCGGGAGUCCGGCACCUACACAUCUCUCACAGCAGAAGAUAAGAUGGACAGGAGCUUGACCCGCCCAACCCCUCUCAUCCGGGAGCCUCGAGCCAGUCCCAGCGAGGCGGGGAGGAAGGGGCUGAUCAAGGAGCUGAUCAAGGAGCACAGCUUCAGCGCAGAGAACCUGAGCGAGCUGGAGAAACUGGACAAGAACAACCUCAUCAGUGAAAACUGCAGGGCCUACAGUGACAGUCAGCUGGCCCCGAUUGCCCAGGGCAGCACGGAGAGCAUGGGGCUCAUGGAUCUGCAUCCCACGUUUUCUUCUUCCUCCUCCAACCCCUACAAAUUCCAGCAAAGCCACCACCAUAAACCAAAACUGUCAGCUGCUAAACUGCACCUUAAGAGUCUGUUUGGGCAGAGUCCUCAUUCCUCAAACUCCAACCUGUCCAACACAGAACAGAAAGACAGUGCCACAGAGAGGAGGUCUCGCCUGCUCUUCAUGCGCCAGUGGAGUCAGGUGGGCCACAGUAAGAAGAGGAAGAUCAGUCAAGAAGAGCUGGAGAAAUGGGCGGAGUCCCUGAACGCCCUGCUGCUCAGCCAAACUGGUGUGUCAGUGUUUGGAGCAUUUCUGCGUUCUGAGUUCAGCGAGGAGAACCUGCAGUUCUAUCUGGCCUGUGAGCAGUACAGACACUCGUCCAACAACUUCAGCCUUCAUAGGAGAGCCAAGGACAUCUGUGCCACCUACAUCCAGCCAGGUGCUCCCCGGGAGGUGAACCUGGACAGUAAGACCCGGGAUCUGACCGUCCAGCUGCUACAGGCUCCUUCUCACACCUCUCUGUCCCACGCACAGAAGCGUAUCUUCUCACUCCUGGACACAGACUGCUAUCCCCGCUUCCUCCAGUCCGACGUCUACCUGUCCUUACUGCGAGACGCUGACUAGACCUCACAUGGACUCAGCAGGAGGGACAGAGGCUUCCGGGAAUUGCUUAAAAUUGUAGACCUUAAAAUAUCUUCAAAAGAUAGGGCUGCUGUAUAGGGACGCUAGUGUAACAACAAUGCUGGUAGCCAUCAGACACUGUGUGUAGAAAUUUAAGUCAGGUAAAUGAGUGUAUUCUUUCUUUUGGACAGUGAGAUGUCCAGAUAAAUAUUAAUAUUUUGUUCCUCUGCUCCCAGUCUUUAUGCUAUGGUAAGCUAAGCUAACCAAAUCCUGACUCCGCUUUCGUACUUGUCACACAGGCCAGAUUGAUAGAUAAAAAACAAAAAUAAGCUAAUUUCCCAAAAUCCUAAAUACUUCUCGUUUGGCCUGAGUGUGCAAACAUGAAGCAUAAAUGAGGCUUUUUUAUUCUCCUCACUUGAAGUGACCCGGAACACUACGCAGCUCUUAUUGUAAUCAUUAAACAUCCUCCCUGUGAGUAGCUGGUGUUCCCAUGGAGUUCACUCUGCUGAUGGAAAGGAAAAACAAGCUUUGCUGGAAAAGGUCAAAGUACUACAUGAGUUACUUAAAAGGCAAAGAUGAGAAACCUGAGCAAAUUUACUCUGACAGGUAACAUGACUACGCAGAUACGUUGAGUCUGCUCCUAAAUGCUCCAGUUUUAACAAAGGCAAACAUCAUAGCCUCAGAAAACAGUCAUUUAAGUACGUGGUUGGUAACGAGUAGUAUUUCCUUGGCUGUUGGUCCUGUACAAAUUAAAACACCCUCAUUUAAUGACGAAGAACAUUUGAAAGACACAGAAUAGCGUACAAGUUGGUCAACUUUGAGAGUUUGAAAGAUAAAUCAAUAAAAUCCUGUUUGUGU